GAUAAGCGACCACUACCAGGAGAUGCAGCUCGUGUCGGUCCUGGAGGAUCGCUGAGUCCCGUCGCUGCUCUUCAUGCCAAUAACUAUAACUAUAAGCUCGUGUAGGACAAACUUGCGGCAUCACAAAGCAAAAAGGAAACUGCGCAAGCUACACGCAUUAUAAAGAAGACUGAAGCCGAGUAUUAUCGUGCAAUGGAGUCCUCUCGCUUCACAAGUGGCCAGGCUUUACUUGAUGCACGCAGUCGUGAUCAGACCUUAUCCCUGGUGGGAGAGAAGCUGACAGAAGCCAGUGGGUCAGAUUUUGAAAAUAAUCAGAUUGUUUCUCGACUCUCUGAUCAUCACACGUUGCUAGGCGAGCCAAAGUUUACCAGAAAAGACCAGCUGGCCAGUGGGGAAUGGUUAGCAGAGUCCAGAAUGGUACGAGUUGUACAUGAAACAGGCAAAUUUUGGCAAUAUAUGGGAGCAGAGACUGACAUUGGCAAGUGCCUCUACCCUGAAGAAGCAUUGUACCUAAUGGAUACAGCUGAGCUGGAGGUCCAAUAUGGAGGUGUGGCACUGAGUGUUCAACAAGCCCAGAUGUUGAUGUUUGAAGAUUCCCAUCACUUAGAUCAAUACUAUGUAUAUGCACACCUUUCACGCUGUGGUUGCAAAGUGGUUCGUCAUCAGACACAUCUCGUGUUUACACACUAUGAAAAACAAAUCAGAUUGGAUCAGCAUCAGGUAAAAAAAAAGGGAUCCAAACUAAAGCUGAAAACUAGUGAAAAAUCAGCUGAUACUGAGAAAAAUGUCAAUAUUGAUUGCACCACAAAUGAAUUCCUAGAUGAUGAAAUGAAAGAAUUUUAUGCAACCCUUGGGAAGACUGCAGAAAAUUCCUGCAAGUUAGAGAAAAAUUUAGCCACUAAUUUAACUGAAAAAGAAAAAUCAUCUUCACACAAAAAGAACAAGAGUUCUGAGAAUAAGGAAAAGCAUGUACACAAAGAGAAACCCAGCCCAUACGAAAUUAAACGCAGAGAUUUACUGGAUAUGUUUCCAACUAUGAUAGGAGAAAGAGUUAAGACUGUUUACGUUGAGCCACGAGAAUUCCUUCCCCCAAACUGUAUUCCGCACAAAGAGAUUUAUGAAAUUUCUUUAGAAGCUCUUAAUUAUUACUGUUUGUAUGAUGAUACGUCACAGACCCGACAAGGCCAGCAACAAUUUAAUAAUCAUCUGAAAGGAAAAAGAAAUAGAUGGAAAAAUGCAGAUAGUAAUGAAACCUGGCAGCAACGCAAUGAUGAUUCAUACUCAAACAGGUGGCGACAUGAUGGUGAUGAUUUCAGGCAACAGUGGAAGAGAAGGAAUACCUCAAACUAUAAUGAUGAGGUGAGAAGCAAUGAUAGGUAUUAUGAAGGAGAUAGGCAAUGGAAUAAUAAUGAUGAUAGAGCUAGGCAGUGGAACAAUAAUGAUAGAGGUAGGCAAUGGAACACUAAUGAUGAUAGAGGUUGGCAAUGGAACAACAGUGACAACAGAGGUAGGCAAUGGAGCAACAACGAUGAUAGAGGUAUGAUGUGUAAAGAUUAUGACAAUAACAGCCAAGGUGUUAGCAACUAUGGAGGAAGAGAACCACCAUGGCAACAGCACUAUAAGAGGACCAACCCACCUCCUUACGAUCAUCAGGAUAAUGAAUUCCAUCGUAAUGCGCAGUCACAAUUCUACGAUCCUCACUGUCAGGCUGGCACCAAUGAUGAAGGUUACGAUGAACCGGAGAAACGUGCUAUAGAUUAUAGCCAAAUACCAGAAUGGAAAACAAGACGACGAAGGUGGAAGAAAAAGGGAACUGGUUUCUACCCCAGCUACAUGGUUAGGUUGAGUACCAAGGUUCACUCCUGGAAAGAAUACAAGAAGAUUGUGAGUGAAAUGUCUGUGGAGAAGCUAUUGGCUAAUGGUCCAGGUUGCAUCCUGUGGAAUGGACGCACCACUCCACUCGUCAAACCUGCUAUGGCCACCUCUACCCAAUCACUGUUGUCUGCAUGCAGAGUUGUAGAAGAGAGUGAUGACAAGAACUCGGGCACAGAAAUACUACCACUGGAAAAACAUUUGACAGUUCACUAUGAUGUUUAUCUUCAUACUGUACCUUACAAAAAGUCCAACCCAGGCAUCCCGAGCAAGAGAAUUGCAGUCAUGAGGGAUAUGUCUAUGCCAACACCUGGACAAAUCUUGGAAGUUACCACAAGGUUCCAUGAUGGCGUACCUCUAGUCAGUGCAAUAGUGGUGUGUGGAGAGGUGCGACUCUACACCCUAACGCCUCUUACUCUGCCUCAUCCGGAGCCCUCAAGAUAAAACAAAGCUCAGUUGCCUAAGAUAUAUUAGAAAUAUAUAGUAAUAAUAUAGAAAUAAGGUUUUAUUUUUAUAUUUUUACAGCUGGGAAGUUUUUUCAUGGAUCAUGUAAACUUUUUACCCAUCUGGUAUUUACUUCUGAAUUUAGGAUAAAAACCCACACUUGUGUAUUUGUGAAAUUUAUGUAAAGAAAUUACAUCAAGGCUUUUGCACUCUCCUGCACACUUUAUCAAGGUCUGAGUGUGUGGUUAGGACGAGACUUACAUCUCAACAUCUAAUGAGGUUGCUAGCCUGGGGUCCAGUCCUUGACUUGACCAUGUCACCUCUAUUCCCGACUGCCGAUGCACCUGCGGUAAUGUCUUCUAUGGAAUUAUGGUCAAGCGUUCAUAUAUUUAAUUUUUUAGUUCAUGUAUUUUUGGACUUAGGUUACCCCACUUGGUUUAUUGAAAAAGCACACAGUAAAACUAAAGGCAUCCUUUACACUAAAACUGAAAGACGCCCUUGGAAUCCUGAUAAGAAAAAAGUUUUGAAAUUUCCAUAUAACCCUCUUACGUAAACUGACCUGUAAUGUAUUGAUACAAAACAAUUUUCAGUUACCCAAAUACAAUUAGGGAAAGGGUUUGCAAGAACAGAGGAGAUAUAAUCUGGAAGGUGUUUAUAUAUUACCGUGUAGAGGUUGUAAUGCAGUCUAUGUGGGGGAAACAGGAAAAAACUUGAGCUCAGAAUUGAAGAACAUAAAGUAUUGUAUGUAGAGUCAUGGCUGGUAAGUGCUGUAGCAAACCGUAGUUGGAAAAAAGGCUGAUCACAAUAUUGAUUUUAAGAAGUGAAAUAAUCUUUAAAAGUAAUAAUAUUAGAACUAGAAGGGUAGUAGAAGGGGUUCUAAUAAAUAAUCUAGAUACUUUUGCUGGUAACAAAAGCUUUACUAGGAAAAGGAUUCUAAGUGAAAUAAAAUUAGGUCUCAAUAAAUGGAUGAAUGUAAGCAGUAUUAGCUCUUGGUGUAUGGAGAGGGUUAUGAGGGACAGCAUACAGAUGAACACCUCUAUUAAUAACAACUCCAGUUCUCAGAAUAUCAGAAUUACAGAAAGGACACCUGACUAUGAUUUCCAUAGAAGAAAUUACCGCAGGUGCAUCAGCAGUUGGGAAUAGAGGUGACAUUGUCAGGAGGUCAAGGAAAAAUAAUAAGAUUGAAUCCAGGGUAGCAUCCUCAGUAGACGUUGAUAUGUAAGUCUCAUUCUCAUCCUAACAACAUACUUAGACCUUGAUAAUGCGCUCAGGAGAGUGCAAAAGUCUUGGUGUAAUUACUUUACAUAAAUUUCACACGUGGGUUUUUAUCCUAUGUUAUUAUGUCUGUGACAAGACAUUACCAUUACUUCUGAAUUGUUGUAUACUGUGUGUCUAAAUUAUGCAAUUCACCCUGUUGGGUAAUAAUUUCAAUCAUCUGGGAUUAGAAUGCAGGUCCAAAUAACAUGAGACAAUUUCCACUAGGUCUAGAUGCUCACGGCAACCUGUCCUCAGACCUAGUCUAUUCCAUUCAGUGGUCAACCCCAAAGAUGCAUUCAUCAACUUUAACAUUCUGUUCAUUCAAAGCAGAACUUUUCUCAUAUAAAUUAUUAUUAUUCUGUAUUAGCAUAUUGUACAUAUUUAGGCAUGGGUUAGGUUAGGUGUUUAGGUUCUGUUGGUGAUUAUUUGUAGUAUGUGGGUGAAGCAUUUACAGUGUUGUAGUUCAAACAAAAGUUGACAGCAAAGCCGGAAGUCUUCAGUUGCGAGUCGUGUGUAAACCGUUUUUCAUUCGUAAACGAGGUUUGGUGGGUGCAUGGAAUGGACUAUGUCUUUGUUUGGAGGAUGGGUGGGGUAGGGAGGGUUUAGUAUCAGUUGAGUGUUGGUUACUUCUGUGACCAUCCUAGCCUGGUGGUGAGCAUCUAUUCAGUCCCUAAAUCAGUAAAUACAAUGAAAUAUUAUAUAUGUUUUGUUUGUAACAAUAACCAGUUAAUCUGGCAAGCCAAAUUUCUUUAACAAUUUUAUCUUGUACUUGCCUAACUUUGGCUACAGGGAGCAAAAUCUAGUUCUAUGGCCUACCUCCCAGCUACUGUACCUGGUACUUUUGUACUUCUUGAUGUCCUAAUAUACUGUCAUACUUGCUCUUAACCCCUGCACUAUGCACCUGUCUCGUGUGACAAAUAUGUUGUGUGCACAAAACAAAUAUUUUUUCUAAUAUUGUUAAAAUGCAUUCCCUGGUCAUGGGAAACUAACAAAAAAAGUUUGUAUGUAGCUUACUUUGGCUGUGGUGGAGAGGAAAAUCGUAAUGAUGUCACUGAUAAAUGAGAUGCCUGGUGGAGGUUGCCCUGGCCAGACAAGUGGGGAAGUUGCCACGGUGGGGAAAGUUUAAACUGAUUUCAGUAUCAAAGUGCAAUGAUGCAUUAGGCUGUCAAUAAUGUCAUUUAUAUAUCACAUGGUGUAGAAGAUCGGUAUAAACAGAUAUAUUCAUGUAACUAAUGUGUGUACAAUAAUAUAUUCUUUGAACAAUAAAA